UUCUCUGAAGGCCCCCCAGGGGUCCCAUCUGGGUGUGGGGAAGCAGAGACGCUUGGGGACAAAGUGUGGGAGGUGACCCGGAGAGGAUGCAUGUGCUCAGCCUGGGAUUGAGAAAGCCAGGAGGGGGGCGUUAGGUGGCCUUCAUUCCACAGCCCGCUCCAGGAGGAACCUGCUCCCACAGCCCCAGGUUUUGUCCUUGGGGAUUCCACCCCCACCCCAGCCCUCCAGGCCAGGUUGGAAGUCCCCUGCGUCUAUGAGGCGGGUCCAUGUGGGAACAGGCAGUGCCCCUGCAUUGUGGAAGGGUUGGGCCUGCGGGGGCUCCACAGGAGCCUCAGCCAGCCCUGCCCCAUCUCAGGACCCUGGCCCUCAGCUUCCACGGGACUAACAGCCCAGAAUCCCCUCCCUGCUGCCUUCUUCCCAUUCAGCGCUGUCAUGUGUUUGUGUCCUGGCUUCCUCUAGACCGGAAUCCCCUUCCUUCCUCUUUCCCAUCCCACCCAGAGGGAAUCCAGGGGCCUCGUUUCAUGUGGCUGCUGCUCUCUUGUCGGGAUGAGCUCCCUGAGGGGCGGAGCCCUCUGCUCCCCUCCCCUGAGGCCUGUGUGUGGUCUCUAGUGGGAUCACCACCAGGUCCACUCCAGCCAGGGCCUGGGUCCUCCCCUGAGACUGGUCCCAGGAGGGUUUGCAUGGGGCAAUAAACCUCCUUGCCCCUCACAGGGCUUCCUGCCCUUAUGCCCUCUGCUCCCAGGGCCACAGUGGUGCCACUGACUGCCAGGUAGAGUGCCCUGUUAGAGUACCAGGAACGCUUGCCGACUGGCCAUGCCCGGCAUGGCUAUGAGACAGGGCAGAUGGGCAUGAAUGAACAUGGUGUUUGGAGAAGGAAGACACCCUUAUGGCGGUAACUAGACACCCACUCCCAUACAGGCUCGUCUUUGGCACACUGUACCCAGCCUAUUCCUCCUACAAAGCCGUGAAGACUAAAAACGUGAAGGAAUAUGUGAAAUGGAUGAUGUACUGGAUCGUCUUUGCCUUCUUCACCACGGCCGAGACACUCACGGACAUCGUGCUCUCCUGGUUCCCCUUCUACUUUGAGCUCAAGAUCGCCUUUGUGAUAUGGCUGCUGUCCCCUUAUACCAAGGGCUCCAGCGUGCUCUACCGCAAGUUCGUGCACCCGACACUGUCCAACAAGGAGAAGGAGAUCGACGAGUACAUCACUCAGGCCCGAGACAAGAGCUAUGAGACCAUGAUGAGGGUGGGCAAGAGGGGCCUGAACCUGGCCGCCAAUGCUGCGGUCACAGCUGCUGCCAAGGGCCAGGGGGUGCUGUCCGAGAAGCUCCGAAGCUUCAGCAUGCAGGACCUGACCCUGAUCCGGGACGAGGACUCCCUGCCCCUGCACGGGCCUGACGGCCACCUCCGACCAGGCCCCGGCAGCCUCCUGGACACCAUUGAGGACCUAGGAGAUGACCCUGCCCUGAGCUUAAGGUCUAGCUUGAACCAGGCAGAUUCCCGGACAGAAACCUCUGAGGAUGAUGUGGGAGACAAGGCCCCUAAGAGGCUCAAACCCAUCAAAAAAGUGCCCAAAACUGAGCCACUGGCUUCCAAGACGGUGAAGACCCGGCCCAAGAAGAAGACCUCUGGCGGGGGUGACUCGGCUUGAGGUUUCGACCCCUCAGGCCACAGAGUCCUGCUCCACACUGUGCCCGUAGCCCAUGUGUCUCAGGCCCAGGGCCCCUCAGAUGGCUGUUUCUGGUGCCUGCCCAGAGGCCACUUGUUUGGAAGGGCUUGGAAAAGAGGAGGGAGGUCCUGUUGGGGGGGGUGGGGUUUGAAGGUAGAGGCUGGGCCUGGAGCUGAGGGCUCCUCAGAACCUGAACUGCCAUUGUCCCCACUCCAGCUCUGUGUGCCCACCCAGUGCCUUGCUGAAAGCCAUGGCCAUCAGCUUCUCUGCGGUCCUACUGUGCACCUACUGCUCUCCCUGGGUUGGGGACAGUCAUAGUCCCCAUGGACCAGAGCCGGGCCUGAAGGCACCUGGGGAGGGCGGGAGUGGGAAGCCUCGGGGAAGCAGGGGCUCCAGGCCACGGCCCUGAAGGGAGGACAGGGCCUUAGUGUGUGCUUCAGUGACCGGACGGCCAGGCCGGAGCUGGAGCUGGGGCAUUGGAUGAACUGUGUGCUACGUGUCCCCACUAAAUAGAGGUGGGGUUCCAGGGGUGUGCGUAUGAGCGUGUGUGUUUGUGGGUCUAGGGCUGUGGGUAUUUGGGGUAAAGGACUUUCCCUCCAGCAGUGACCUCCUCCCGCCCUCAGCCCUCCUUCCUAGUCUCUGAGCCUCAGAGGACUACAGCCCAUGAGGUAAUGGGGCUGCCAGGAGCCGCUCACCUCCUUCUCUGCCCUCAGUUCUUUUUUGCCUCUUCCUUUCCUGCCCCUGGACUGGGCUCCUCUACGCCUCAGGGCCCACAGUAGAGGCCCCUGGGGAGCCAGCUCCUUUGCUCCACACCCAGAGGCCCAUCCUCCUUUCUCCCAGGGUCCUCUUCCUGUGCCCAGCAGACUAGGCCCCAUGUGAGCAGACCCUGUCAGAGCCCAGCCUGUGCUCCACACCCUGCCCCAGCUUCUGCCGCCAUUUCAGUCAGAGCCAGGAGGAAUGUGCGAAGAAGAAAAAGAAAUUCAGGAGCCAAGGGUCUCCCAGUUUGGUGGAGAGUGGAUGCUCAUUGGACCUCUGGAUGAGCCAAUAAACCAAACUCUGGCACUUGACUAA